UAGUAUGAAUGAUUGUAUUUUUAGCCUUCUGAGCGCUUGUCCUCUGUGGAGCUAAGGCAAUUUGCAACUUGCACUCGAGAUGGCUUUGAACCAAGAAAUGGCUUGCGUUUAUGCCGCGCUCAUCCUUCAAGAUGAUGAAGUCGCUAUCACUGGAGAUAAGAUCGCCACACUCCUCAAAGCCGCUCACGUCGAAUUUGAACCUUUCUGGCCAGGACUGUUCGCCAAGGCUGUUGAAGGAGUCGACAUCAAGAAUCUGAUCACCUCCGUUUCUUCUGGAGCUGGAUCAGCCCCCGCUGCCCCAGCAGCCGGUGGUGCAGCAGCCCCUGCUGGUGGCGCUGCUCCUGCUGCCCCUGCCGCAGAGACCAAGAAGAAGGAGGAGCCCAAGGAAGAGUCCGAUGACGAUAUGGGAUUCGGUCUGUUCGACUGAACAACUUUCAAUUGUUGUCUGUUGUUGAUAAAGUUGUUAUCACUUCAUUUAUUGGCAAACAAGUAUAACCCGCAUAAGGAUUUUGACUGAAUUUUUGAAAUCACAAAUCUAGUGGUUGUAG